CUUGUCAAACGGUGGGUGCGUGUUGGGAAGAACAGGCAGUCCGGUGGAACCCAUCCCGUAAGACGUGCAGGCCGUAAUGAGAUCUCGCAUUCUUUUUUCUUCGCUCGCCCUUUUACUUGGUACUCUGGCCAUUAUUGUUUUUACAGUGAGCAGGAGCUAAAAAGAUAGAACGGAAGAGGACUCCUGACCUUCCUCCUGCCCGUGGGGUCGACUUCUACAACAAUCUCACACAGGUUUCAUAGGUUCCUCAAUAGUACUGUGGCAGAGAAGGGACAUCGUUCUUCCUAUCCCUUUCACUCGAGCUACAAGCCGGGGGUAUGAGUCCAAAUCUGGGAGUGGAGAUACAGUGAGAGGAUGAAAAUCCGAUUGAGCUUAGGCGGGAGUAGCAAGCGCUUCACUUACCAGUCCAUUUCAUCUUCGUCUCGAAUCGAAGACGAUGAGCCUCUGCUCACUCUCCGCUCCAGCGCUCCUCAGCCGGGAGGACGAAUCCAGGGGGAGAAGGAACAGGACGGCGGUGGGAUAAGGCCAGGAAUGAUCAAGUUGCUAGUUUUGAAGCUGGAUGGAACAUCCUUCGACGUGAAUGUUCCAGUUGCUGCAACAGUCGGGGAGAUGAAAUCAACACUGGAGAGGACCGUGAACGAGCUGGAGGUGAAAGUGCUGGGCUACUGCGACAUUCAGGAACAAGUCUGGAGUAACUUCUGCCUGUGCUACAUGAAUCAGAAGCUGCUGGACGACGAAGCAUCGUUGCGAGCAUUUGGGAUCCACGACGAUGAUCAGGUAGCGUUUCUUCGCCACUCGACUGAUCCUCAAGAGCCACAAUCCACGAAGAGGAGAAGCUCUCUUCGCAAAUCCAAAUUUACUUAGCGAGAAGAAUGGAAUCCAAAACUAUCUCUUUU